UUAACGAGAAGCAAGUAUGAAACGUUCUAACGAUCACUCUAGCGGACAAAGCGAACAAUCGAAGAAGCCCCGUGUUUCGCAUACAGCUCAAGGAAAUUACGGGUAAAGCACAGCUCACGGAACAAAGUGCUCAUUCCAUCUAGGAACUGACAAAUGAGGUUCACUUAAUUUAGGAUGGAAGCGUAUGCGCAAUACGAUCCAAUGCAAGACUACGGAUCAACAGCAGGGCAAAAUGGCUCAGGUUACAGCGGUUAUGACCAGUCAUCAGCCGCCGCAGCGGCAGCUAUGUAUGGCAUGAGUUACAACAACCCACAAUUUUUAACUGCUCAAUACGGCAAUGCAGGUUACGGACCUGCUGCAGCCGCAGCUAGUCUUUAUGGUGCUGGUGGUGCGACUGCAGACAUGGAGCACUCAAGAACGAUUUAUCUUGGCAAUGUGCACCCUGAUACAACGGCUCACGACGUUCUCAGUCAGAUUCACGUGGGUGCGAUUGAAUCUUAUCAUCAUCUACCGGCCAAAAAUUGCGCUUUUGUCACCUUUAUUGAGUCUACAGCUGCGCAGCUAUUUUAUCAACAGCAUGCACCUUCCGUUGGGAAGCCAUUCACUGUCAAUUCCAACUAUCUCAAGGUAGGAUGGGGUAAACCGAACAAUCCCUCUCUGUACGUACAAACAGCUAUUCGAGCCGGUGCGACUCGUAACGUAUACUUAGGCAAACUGGAUUCUUCCGUCGACACAGAAGAAUCGAUUCGUGAAACCUGUUCGCAAUUUGGAGAAAUUGAACAAGUCAGGGUGCUGCCCGAGAAAAACAUUGCCUUUGUUCAUUUCUUGUCUGUUCAGUCUGCUCUGAAAUGUGUGAGUAACUUGCCUUCCCUUCCGGGUUGGGAGGAUAAGAAAGUCAACUACGGUAAAGACCACUGUGCUGAUAUGUCGGGCAAGUAUGCUGCAGUCGCUGCAGCCGCCGGUUUUGGUUUACCUACCGCUGCUGCUUAUGGAUUGAAUUUCGACCCUUAUGGUAUAAAUGCUGCCGCCGCAUAUGGCCUUCCUCCGAGCGCUGGUCCAAUGCAACAACGUACCUUGUAUUUGGGUAAUCUGCAUGAGGAUACCACGGUGGAAGAUAUCUGUAAUCAGAUGAGAGGGGGCAACAUUGUUCAAAUCAGGCAUUUACGUGAAAAGCGCAUCGCCUUUAUUACUUAUGCUGAUGCCGCGACGGCCUAUAUGAUCUGGGACUAUUAUAAUAAGAUGGGUCUUUCUAUUAAAAGGUCAAGAGUGCGCGUUAAUUUCGGUAAACCCUCUACGCUCCCCCCUCAAGUCACCCGUGCCCUUCAAGCCGGUGCUACGCGUAAUGUUUAUAUUGGUGGCAUUACUGAUUUUGAGAAAUUCACCCUUGAAAAGUUGAAAAGCGACUUUGCUCAGUUCGGUGAUAUAGAGAUGGUGAAUGUAAUGGUUGAGAAAAACUGUGCUUUUGUUAACUUUACCAGUGUUCAGAAUGCCAUGCUUGCUAUCACUGGCUACAAGGGAAACCCUGAGUACAGUAAUUUCAAGGUAAAUUACGGUAAAGAUAGAUGCGGUUAUCUUUGGAAGGCAGGCGGAGGUGCCUCCACUUCGGGCUCCACCUUUGCUAAUAGAAACCAAGAAGGCAAAGAAAAUCAGCAGUGAAGCGCCAAGCAAGAGACCACAUAAGCAUUGGUUCGUCCUCUCACACCUUCCCCACCCCCACCUCCUCCACUCUUCUUCCUCUCCGCCUAUUUUUCUUAGUGUGAUACCGUGUUUAAAUGAAGAAAAGAAACUUUCCAAUGAGUACACUUGUCAAUUUUAAAAUACCGGAAUAAAACUAGUAUAAACUGUCCAAAAGAGCCU